AUGAAAGGCCUCGGUGACAGCCGCCCACGCCACCUCUCCGACAGCCUAGACCCACCCCACGAGCCCCUGUUUGCAGGGACCGACCGCAACCCCUACCUGCUGUCGCCCACGGAGGCCUUCGCCCGUGAGGCCCGCUUCCCCGGGCAGAACACCCUGCCAGGGGAUGGCCUCUUUCCCCUCAACAACCAGCUGCCCCCGCCCAGCAGCACCUUUCCCCGCAUCCACUACAAUUCCCACUUCGAGGUGCCAGAGGAGAGCCCCUUCCCCAGCCAUGCUCAGGCGACCAAGAUCAACCGGCUGCCCGCCAACCUCCUGGACCAGUUUGAGAAGCAGCUGCCCAUCCAUCGUGAUGGCUUCAGCACCCUCCAGUUCCCCCGUGGUGAGGCCAAGGCCCGUGGUGAGAGCCCUGGCCGUAUCCGCCACCUGGUCCACUCAGUCCAGCGGCUUUUCUUCACCAAGGCACCCUCACUGGAGGGCACAGCGGGCAAGGUCGGUGGCAAUGGCAGCAAGAAGGGUGGCAUGGAGGACGGCAAGGGCCGGAGGGCCAAAAGCAAGGAGCGGGCCAAGGCUGGGGAGCCCAAACGGCGCAGCCGCUCCAACAUCUCAGGCUGGUGGAGCUCCGAUGACAACUUGGACGGCGAGGCCGGCGCCUUCCGCAGCAGUGGCCCAGCCUCCGGGCUGAUGACACUAGGCCGCCAGGCAGAACGCAGCCAGCCACGCUACUUCAUGCACGCCUACAACACCAUCAGUGGGCACAUGCUCAAAGCCACCAAGAACAACACUACCGAGCUGACCGCCCCACCACCCCUGCCCGCACCCCCAGCCACCUGCCCCAGCCUUGGGGUGGGCACUGACACCAACUACGUCAAACGGGGCUCCUGGUCCACUCUGACACUCAGCCAUGCCCACGAGGUCUGUCAGAAGACCUCGGCCACCUUGGAUAAGAGCCUGCUCAAGUCCAAAUCCUGCCACCAGGGUCUAGCCUACCAUUACCUGCAGGUGCCCGGCGGCGGCGGCGAGUGGAGCACGACGCUGCUGUCCCCACGCGAGACGGAUGCCGCGGCCGAGGGCCCCAUCCCGUGCCGACGCAUGCGCAGCGGCAGCUACAUCAAGGCCAUGGGCGACGAGGACAGCGACGAGUCCGGCGGCAGCCCCAAGCCCUCACCCAAGACCGCGGCGCGGCGCCAGAGCUAUCUGAGGGCCACGCAGCAGUCGCUGGGAGAGCAGAGCAACCCCCGCAGGAGUCUGGACCGCCUGGAUUCAGUGGACAUGCUGCUGCCCUCCAAGUGUCCAAGCUGGGAAGAGGACUACACCCCUGUCAGCGACAGCCUCAAUGACUCCAGCUGCAUCAGUCAGAUUUUUGGACAGGCCUCCCUGAUCCCCCAGUUGUUUGGCCAUGAGCAGCAGGUACGGGAGGCAGAGCUGAGUGACCAGUAUGAGGCGGCCUGCGAGUCAGCCUGCAGUGAAGCAGAGUCCACAGCGGCAGAGACGCUUGACUUGCCCCUGCCCAGCUACUUCCGCUCCCGCAGCCACAGCUACCUGCGUGCCAUCCAGGCAGGCUGCUCGCAGGAGGAGGACAGUGUCUCCCUGCAGUCCCUCUCCCCACCGCCCAGUACCGGCAGCCUCAGCAAUAGUCGCACGCUUCCGAAGCAUGCGUCGCGUUCCAGCUGGAACCGGUUUGGCGAGGCGGUUCGAGAGGCGGAGUCCCCCAUCCUCGGGCAUGCGCAUGCCGACGUGGGCGCGCGCUCCUUUCCUGGGCCGGCCGGCCUGGGCGUGGGCCGGACGCGGCGGCCCGCGCGCCUGCGCACCAGCCCGGCUGAGCGCGCCGGGCCACGUGCCAAGGGGGCUGGCGCGCCCCCGCCCGGCCCGGGAGUCCCUGGCGACGCGCGCGCGGCUGACGCGGGGGGCGGGGCGGGGCGGGGCAGGCGCGGGUCUUUAACCCGGAGGCCCCGCCCCUCGGGCGUACAAAACCGGAGCCUCGGGCCGGGCUGCGUGAGGGAGGAGGGUGAGUGCCCGCCGCUGGCCGCAGCUGCCGCCAGUCCGUCCGUCACUCCGUCCGUCUGUCCGGUCCACGUCGUCGCUGCCGCCUCCUCAGCCCGGACGCCCGGGGCCCGCCCAGCGCCGCCCGGAGCAGCCGCGGCCCCGCGAGGAGACGGGCGCCGCCCCCGCCCGGCCCGUCCCGGCCCUGCCCCGCCCCCGCCCUCCUGCCCGUCUAGCGCUCUUCAGCCCUCAGAGCCGCCCUUUCUGGGCGACCCCAUUCUUCGGGACUUCCCCUCAGAGCGCCCCGAGAUCUUUUGGGGCUCCCCUUGA